CGCGGGCGGACGGGCGCGUCCGGCGAGGAGCUGACCUGUCCUGGACGCAGCAUAAGUAACGAAGCUGCUGCAGGAUGAGAAGAUGGCAGCGCAGCUGCUCGCACCACCAGGCCCUGAUAGUUUCAAGCCUUUUACCCCUGAGUCUCUGGCAAACAUCGAGAGGCGCAUUGCUGAGAGUAAGCUCAAGAAACCACCAAAGGCUGAUGGCAGUCACCGGGAAGAUGAUGAGGACAGCAAGCCCAAGCCAAACAGUGACCUGGAAGCAGGGAAGAGUUUGCCUUUCAUCUAUGGAGACAUCCCCCAAGGCCUGGUUGCAGUUCCCCUGGAGGACUUUGACCCAUACUAUUUGACGCAGAAAACCUUUGUAGUAUUAAACAGAGGGAAAACUCUCUUCAGAUUUAGUGCCACGCCUGCCUUGUACAUUUUAAGUCCUUUUAACCUGAUAAGAAGAAUAGCUAUUAAAAUUUUGAUACAUUCAGUAUUUAGCAUGAUCAUCAUGUGUACUAUUUUGACCAACUGUGUAUUCAUGACUUUUAGUAACCCUCCUGACUGGUCCAAGAAUGUGGAGUACACGUUCACAGGGAUUUACACAUUUGAAUCACUAGUGAAAAUCAUUGCAAGAGGUUUCUGCAUAGAUGGCUUUACCUUCUUACGGGACCCAUGGAACUGGUUAGAUUUCAGUGUCAUCAUGAUGGCAUAUGUGACAGAGUUUGUGGACCUGGGCAAUGUCUCAGCGCUGAGAACAUUCAGGGUUCUCCGAGCUUUGAAAACUAUCUCUGUAAUUCCAGGCUUGAAGACAAUCGUGGGUGCCCUUAUUCAGUCUGUGAAGAAGCUGUCGGAUGUGAUGAUCCUGACAGUGUUCUGCCUGAGUGUUUUUGCCCUGAUUGGACUGCAGCUGUUCAUGGGGAACCUGCGAAACAAGUGUGUCGUGUGGCCUAUAAACUUCAAUGAGAGCUAUCUUGAAAAUGGCACCAAGGGCUUUGAUUGGGAAGAAUAUAUCAACAAUAAAACAAAUUUUUACAUAGUUCCUGGCAUGCUGGAACCUUUACUCUGUGGAAAUAGUUCUGAUGCUGGGCAAUGCCCAGAGGGAUACCAGUGUAUGAAAGCAGGAAGGAACCCCAACUACGGUUAUACAAGCUUUGACACUUUUAGCUGGGCCUUCCUGGCAUUAUUUCGCCUUAUGACCCAGGACUACUGGGAAAAUUUGUAUCAGUUGACUUUACGAGCAGCUGGAAAAACAUACAUGAUCUUCUUUGUCUUGGUCAUCUUUGUGGGCUCCUUCUACCUGGUAAACUUGAUCUUGGCUGUGGUGGCCAUGGCUUAUGAAGAACAGAAUCAGGCAACACUGGAGGAGGCAGAACAAAAAGAGGCUGAGUUCAAAGCAAUGUUGGAGCAACUUAAGAAGCAGCAGGAAGAAGCACAGGCUGCUGCAAUGGCCACGUCUGCAGGCACUGUCUCAGAAGAUGCCAUUGAGGAAGAAGGUGAAGAUGGUGUUGGCUCUCCACGGAGCUCUUCUGAAAUUUCUAAGCUCAGUUCAAAGAGUGCCAAGGAAAGACGAAACAGGAGAAAGAAGAGGAAGCAAAAGGAGCUCUCUGAAGGGGAAGAAAAAGGGGAUCCUGAGAAGGUGUUUAAGUCAGAGUCAGAAGAUGGUAUGAGAAAGAAGGGUUUUCGGCUGCCAGACAAUAGAAUCGGGAGGAAAUUUUCCAUCAUGAAUCAGUCCCUGCUCAGCAUCCCGGGCUCGCCCUUCCUCUCUCGCCACAACAGCAAAAGCAGCAUCUUCAGCUUCCGGGGCCCUGGUCGGUUCCGAGACCCCGGCUCUGAGAACGAGUUCGCCGACGACGAGCACAGCACGGUGGAGGAGAGCGAGGGCCGCCGCGACUCGCUGUUCAUCCCCAUCCGGGCCCGCGAGCGCCGCAGCAGCUACAGCGGCUACAGCGGCUACAGCCAGGGCAGCCGCUCCUCGCGCAUCUUCCCCAGCCUCCGGCGCAGCAUCAAGCGCAACAGCACCGUGGACUGCAACGGCGUGGUGUCGCUCAUCGGAGGGCCCGGCUCCCACAUCGGAGGGCGGCUCCUGCCAGAGGCAACAACUGAGGUGGAAAUUAAGAAGAAAGGCCCUGGAUCUCUUUUAGUUUCCAUGGACCAAUUGGCCUCCUAUGGUCGGAAGGACAGAAUCAACAGUAUAAUGAGUGUUGUUACAAAUACACUAGUUGAAGAGCUAGAAGAGUCUCAGAGAAAGUGCCCUCCAUGCUGGUAUAAGUUUGCCAAUACUUUCCUCAUCUGGGAGUGUCAUCCCUACUGGAUAAAACUGAAAGAGAUUGUGAACUUGAUCGUUAUGGACCCUUUUGUGGACUUAGCCAUCACCAUCUGCAUUGUUCUAAAUACGCUGUUCAUGGCCAUGGAGCAUCACCCUAUGACACCACAAUUUGAACAUGUCCUGACUGUAGGAAAUCUGGUUUUCACUGGAAUUUUCACAGCAGAAAUGUUCCUGAAGCUCAUAGCCAUGGAUCCCUACUAUUAUUUCCAAGAAGGUUGGAACAUUUUUGACGGAUUUAUUGUCUCCCUCAGUUUAAUGGAACUGGGUCUAGCAGACGUGGAGGGGCUUUCGGUGCUGCGAUCUUUCCGAUUGCUCCGAGUCUUCAAAUUGGCCAAGUCCUGGCCCACCCUGAACAUGCUGAUCAAGAUCAUUGGCAAUUCAGUGGGUGCCCUGGGCAACCUGACCCUAGUGUUGGCCAUUAUUGUCUUCAUCUUUGCCGUGGUGGGGAUGCAACUCUUUGGGAAAAACUACAAAGAGUGUGUGUGCAAGAUCAACCAGGACUGUGAACUCCCUCGCUGGCACAUGAAUGACUUUUUCCAUUCCUUCCUCAUUGUCUUUCGAGUGUUGUGCGGAGAAUGGAUUGAGACCAUGUGGGACUGCAUGGAGGUGGCAGGCCAGGCUAUGUGCCUCAUUGUCUUCAUGAUGGUCAUGGUUAUUGGCAACUUGGUGGUGCUGAACCUGUUCCUGGCCUUGCUUCUGAGCUCCUUUAGUGCAGACAACCUGGCAGCCACCGAUGAUGAUGGAGAAAUGAACAACCUGCAGAUCUCCGUCAUCCGAAUCAAGAAGGGUGUGGCGUGGACCAAAGUGAAAGUGCAUGCCUUCAUGCAGGCCCACUUUAAGCAGCGGGAGGCAGAUGAAGUGAAGCCUCUGGACGAGUUGUAUGAAAAGAAGGCCAACUGUAUUGCCAACCACACUGGUGUAGACAUCCACCGAAAUGGCGACUUCCAGAAGAAUGGCAAUGGCACAACCAGUGGUAUUGGCAGCAGUGUGGAGAAGUACAUCAUUGAUGAGGACCAUAUGUCCUUCAUCAACAAUCCCAACUUGACUGUGCGGGUGCCGAUUGCUGUAGGCGAGUCUGAUUUUGAGAACCUCAACACUGAAGAUGUUAGCAGCGAGUCAGAUCCUGAAGGCAGCAAAGAUAAACUGGAUGAUACCAGCUCCUCUGAAGGGAGCACCAUCGACAUCAAGCCAGAGGUAGAGGAAGUCCCUGUGGAGCAGCCUGAGGAGUACUUGGAUCCAGACGCCUGCUUCACAGAAGGUUGUGUCCAGCGGUUCAAGUGCUGCCAGGUCAACAUUGAGGAAGGGCUAGGCAAGUCUUGGUGGAUCCUGCGGAAAACCUGCUUCCUCAUCGUGGAGCACAAUUGGUUUGAGACCUUCAUCAUCUUCAUGAUUCUUCUCAGCAGUGGCGCCCUGGCCUUCGAGGACAUCUACAUUGAGCAGAGGAAGACCAUUCGUACCAUCCUGGAAUACGCUGACAAAGUCUUCACCUACAUCUUCAUCCUGGAGAUGUUACUCAAAUGGACAGCCUAUGGCUUUGUCAAGUUCUUCACCAAUGCCUGGUGCUGGCUGGAUUUCCUCAUAGUAGCUGUCUCUUUAGUCAGCCUUAUAGCUAAUGCCCUGGGCUACUCGGAACUAGGUGCCAUAAAGUCCCUUAGGACCCUAAGAGCUUUGAGACCCUUAAGAGCCUUAUCACGAUUUGAAGGGAUGAGGGUGGUGGUGAAUGCCUUGGUGGGCGCCAUCCCCUCCAUCAUGAAUGUGCUGCUGGUGUGUCUCAUCUUCUGGCUGAUUUUCAGCAUCAUGGGAGUCAACCUGUUUGCUGGAAAGUACCACUACUGCUUUAACGAGACUUCUGAAAUCCGCUUUGACAUUGAAAUCGUCAACAAUAAAACGGACUGUGAAAAGCUCAUGGAAGGCAACAACACAGAGAUCAGAUGGAAGAACGUGAAGAUCAACUUUGAUAAUGUUGGGGCCGGGUAUCUGGCCCUUCUUCAAGUAGCGACCUUCAAAGGCUGGAUGGACAUCAUGUACGCUGCUGUAGAUUCCCGAAAGGCUGAUGAGCAGCCUAAGUAUGAAGACAACAUCUACAUGUACAUAUACUUUGUCAUCUUCAUCAUCUUCGGCUCUUUCUUCACCCUGAACCUGUUCAUUGGUGUCAUCAUUGAUAACUUCAAUCAACAAAAGAAAAAGUUCGGAGGUCAAGACAUCUUCAUGACAGAGGAACAGAAGAAGUACUAUAAUGCCAUGAAAAAGCUGGGCUCAAAAAAACCACAAAAACCCAUUCCCCGUCCCUUGAACAAAAUCCAAGGAAUCGUCUUCGAUUUUGUCACUCAACAAGCCUUUGACAUUGUUAUCAUGAUGCUCAUCUGCCUUAACAUGGUGACGAUGAUGGUGGAGACAGACACUCAGAGCAAGCAGAUGGAGAACAUUCUCUACUGGAUUAAUCUGGUCUUUGUCAUCUUCUUCACCUGUGAGUGUGUGCUCAAAAUGUUUGCCUUGAGACACUACUACUUCACCAUUGGCUGGAACAUCUUCGACUUUGUGGUGGUCAUCCUCUCCAUCGUGGGGAUGUUCCUGGCUGAUAUCAUUGAGAAAUACUUUGUUUCCCCAACCCUUUUCCGAGUCAUCCGAUUGGCCCGUAUUGGGCGCAUCUUGCGUCUGAUCAAAGGUGCCAAAGGGAUUCGUACCCUGCUCUUUGCCUUAAUGAUGUCCUUGCCUGCCCUGUUCAACAUCGGCCUUCUGCUCUUCCUGGUCAUGUUCAUCUUCUCCAUCUUUGGGAUGUCCAAUUUUGCAUAUGUGAAGCACGAGGCUGGCAUUGACGACAUGUUCAACUUCGAGACAUUUGGCAACAGCAUGAUCUGCCUGUUCCAGAUCACAACCUCGGCUGGUUGGGAUGGCCUGCUGCUGCCCAUCCUCAACCGGCCCCCUGACUGCAACCUGGACAAGGAACACCCAGGGAGUGGCUUCAAGGGGGACUGCGGGAAUCCCUCCGUGGGCAUCUUCUUCUUUGUCAGCUACAUCAUCAUCUCCUUCCUGAUUGUGGUGAACAUGUACAUCGCCAUCAUCCUGGAGAACUUCAGUGUAGCCACAGAAGAAAGUGCAGACCCUCUGAGUGAGGAUGACUUUGAGACCUUCUAUGAGAUCUGGGAGAAGUUUGACCCCGACGCCACGCAGUUCAUCGAGUACUGUAAGCUGGCAGACUUCGCAGAUGCCUUGGAGCAUCCUCUCCGCGUGCCCAAACCCAACACCAUUGAGCUCAUCGCCAUGGAUCUGCCAAUGGUGAGCGGCGAUCGCAUCCACUGCUUGGACAUCCUUUUUGCCUUCACCAAGCGGGUCCUGGGAGACAGUGGGGAGUUGGACAUCCUGCGGCAGCAGAUGGAGGAGCGGUUCGUGGCAUCGAAUCCUUCCAAAGUGUCUUACGAGCCAAUCACAACCACACUGCGGCGCAAGCAGGAAGAGGUGUCUGCAGUGGUCCUGCAGCGCGCCUACCGGGGACAUUUGGCAAGGCGGGGCUUCAUCUGCAAAAAGAUGACUUCCAAUAAGCUGGAGAAUGGAGGCACACACCGGGAGAAAAAGGAGAGCACCCCAUCCACAGCCUCCCUCCCAUCCUAUGACAGUGUGACUAAACCUGACAAGGAGAAGCAGCAGCGGGCAGAGGAAGGAAGAAGGGAAAGAGCCAAAAGACAAAAAGAGGUCAGAGAAUCCAAAUGUUAGAGGAGAACAAAAAUGAAGUGGUAUAUACCGGUUUAACACUCGCAAGUGAAAGAUUGUUUACAAACUUCCUGAAUACUAUCAAUGCAGAACAGCUGUGGAGACACUGUACCCUGAAGAUCUGUACCAAACGUAAUCUGCUUCCCAUGACCAUGUGACACGGUUGCAUCUUGAGCAGUGACCUGCCGAGGGCAAAGGACCCUGCUCCCGGGACACAGAUUUUCUAUUGCUUGGGCAGGUGGUUACUGCAUGUUCCACAUUCAGUCAAUGCAACUUAGGACAAAAACUAACAGGAUAUAAAAACAGGAGAGGCUGCCGGGACCAGCACAUUUCCGUUGCAGCCAAAUGGAUUUUAUUUUUUCAUUUUGUUGAUUCUCAGAAGCAGAAAGCAUCACUUUAAAAGUUUGUUUGUUCAUGCAAACUAUAUUUGCACUCUGACAUUAGUUAAGCUAAGCAGCAAAAAGGGAAAACACACACACUCACAUUUAGCCCAUGUCAUUCAGUUGUCAGUUUCUUUGACAUAAACCACAUCUUCUCCACAUGAGCUUCACGUGGUUUGGAGAUGGGUGGGGGAAAACAAUCAGGUUUUCUUUCAGGCUGAGGAGGACUUGCUCAGGCCGAUUCCAAACAUUGUGCUCGUUCAAUGCGUAGAAACGAUUUGCAUGAUGGCAUGCCGUGAUCAGAAGUCAUGCAUGAGAUCCAUACACCACAGGACACUGCUCUAAUCCUGUCCCCCGCAUUGGGUCAGCCUCUGGACAGAACCCAGCCCUGCACCGUUCACUGUAUUUGGAGAAAAUGGUAAGAGUUCCAUACCGGCUGCAAUUCUUUGAGUUCUUAGAAAGUCUUUUCAUACACCUUCUGGGCAGGGAAAUAUAACCAAUCAAUUGACCGCCACCAACAACAAGGGGAAAAAAAAAACCCACUCCAACAAGCAGAUGGAUCCGUGUGUGUCUAUGUUUAACAGACAUCUCUAACAUACAGCCAUUGUUGCACAUUUUGCAAGAUGAACUACUUAAUGCUGUUCUGUGUCUAGUACAUGGGGAGACUCUGAUCCCAAAUGGCUUGUACUAUUAAUGUCACUAUAAAACCAAAUCCUAGGGCUAAAAAAAAAAAAAAAGUUCAUUUGUAUCUUGCAAUAUUUAUGAUGAUGGUUCAGCCUUCAUAUUGGAGAACUGACACUUGGGGUGGAGAUAAGAGUGCUAUUCAGAGUAGCAUGUUAUCUCUAGGGGAUAUUUGGGGAAACUUAAAGCAACCUUUCACUGGGGGUUCUGGGGUGCUCACUUCAUUUAGCGUCAUGUCCUUCUGCAUCAUGGCUUUCUCCGGGCUUGGGUCGAUAUGGAGUGGGGUUCAGAUAUGCUGACCUGACCUGGCCUCUCCCUUCUGCAGAGGGGUUGUCACAGUCCUCACUUUUGUGGUUCCCCCUGCCUCCAUCACAUCUCUCCACUGAGUAGGGCUUUUCCUUCCCAGCCUUGCAGCCAGAUG